AUGGUUGUGGGCAUGGGCCUACUACUUCCGCCUUUCUUCGGUACAGUCCCGGCCAUUGACUACGCCUCAGCAGGUCACCUGGCCGCUCACGAAAUGAUGCAUGCGUUUGACAUCGCCAACCGGCGUCUAGAUGACAACUACGUGGAAAGAGACUGGUGGACCCCAGUUUCUAAAAUCGAAUAUGAAAAACGCGUCUUGUGCAUUCGAAACUCAUUGGAAGAAGAAUUGGGCGAGGUAGACGAUGUCACAGAUUCUGAAAUGAUGGCGGACUUUAUUGGGCUCUCCGGUCUCUACGACGCCUAUCUUAAGGCGAAGCAAGUGCCCGACGUGUCAUUAGAGCUGCGAGGAAUUCCAGGAGUGACGAGUGACCAGUUGUUCUUCAUCGCGUUCUGCUACAAGUGGUGCUCUAACCUUCGUGCAAGCCAACGCUAUCCGGAUUUUAAUGCAAGGUGCAACAUGCCCUUGAUGAACAUGCAACAGUUUUCGGAGGCCUUCAACUGUAGUGCCACUGCACGAAUGAACCCCCCCGAUAAGUGCGCCUUCUGGUGA